AUGGAACAGUGGAAUCAGCUGAGGCAGGCUGGGCUGUUGCCCGAGGGGCUGGGCCCACCCCCUCGGGCUCUAAGUGGGUUCUUUCCUAUGGGGAAACCUGACCAGACCCUCAUGUUCCCAGAGACAGACUCUGGAGGUGCCAGGGAGACACUGCUGUCUAUCUGGGAGGAGCUGGGGAACCUCCGCCGAAUGGAUGUCCAGCUGCUGGACCAGCUGUGUAGCCUGGCGUUGGAGAUGGGGAUACUGCAGGAAGAACUGGCUGCCAUCCUGGAAGAAGAGGAGGAGGAGAGUUGUGAGGAAGAGGAAGAGGAUGAAGAGACCCAGAGGGAGCAGGAGGAAGAAGAUCUGGGGGCUCCCUGGCUGGCCACACACCUCCCUGACUUUGAGAUGACAAUCUGA